CAUAGAGAUACAUAUAUAUAAAUAAACAGGAAAAUAGUCAGUUAUUAGAGUGUGUAUAAAUAUAUCAGCCUAUUUGGAUUGCGAAUGAUAAUAGCAGUUUACGUCUUCCAGCUACUACAUGCACUUGCAUUUACAAUGAUGUGGAUAAUAAUAGCGAGUGUUUGUCUACUGUUUGGUGUCUCGCUGCACUGGAUCUACAGAAACCACCGUAUGAUGAAAUUGUCUAGACAAAUCCCCGGCCCGCCGGUCUUUCCCGUCGUUGGAAACGCCUUUAAAUUCAUGGUCCGGCCUCAAGAUUUCAUAAGGGCUAUAGGUGAUCUUAUUAAAGAGUAUGGAGACGUGUUUAGAAUCUGGCUUGGAUCAGACUUAAAUAUAAUUGUGAGUAAUCCGGAUGACGUCAAGCUUCUACUUACAAACAAUAAGUUAAGUGUGAAAGGACCUCAGUACAAAUUUAUGGCAGAUGUUAUAGGCGGAGGAAUACUCAGUGGAUCAGGUACCCCGUGGAAGAAACAUCGUAAAAUAGCAGCACCAAACUACAGCAAACUGGCAAUCGAAAAUUAUACCGACAUUUUUAACCACGAGAUCGACUUUCUGCUUCAAAAAUACACGGAAACGCCUAAAGGACAACAAAUAGAUAUUUAUAAGCACAUCGUUCAGACUACUAGCUAUAUUGUCUGCCAGACGCUCAUGGGUGUAUCUAGAAAAGAAAUGUUGGAGUUACCACACUUGCAAUACCUUAUAGAUAAGUCACCUAGAAUGUAUGAUAUCGUAUUUGAUAGAAUGACAAAAUGGUAUCUUCAAUUAGAUCUGGUGUUCCGGCUCACAAAAUACCACAAACAGCUGAAGAAAUUCUUGAAAUAUUUAUUAGAAUUUAGUAAUGCUAUUCUAGCAUAUCGAAUGGAUAAACUAAAUCGUUGGGAACAAAGUGAAAGAGAUCUCAUAAAUUCUGAAGAUGAUUCCAAAAGUAAUGCGCAGCUUAGCGUUAUAGAUAGAUUUCUACUGUCACAAGAGCUUGAUUCGACUGAAUUGAUAGAAGAAACUUUUACCAUUUUCACAUCGAGUCAAGAAGCUACGGCGAAAAUAGCAUCGACUGUGCUAUUGAUGAUGGCUUAUCAUCCUGAAUGUCAGGAAAGGCUUUAUAAAGAAAUUGUAAGCGUAGUAGGUAACAAAGAUGUACCAGUCACAAACGAAGACAUUAAACAAAUGCAGUAUUUAGAUAUGGUAUUCAAAGAGGUUAUCAGACUGUUUCCCAUAGCGGGUCUGUUGCAAAGGACUGUUACUGAAGAUAUCGCUAUUAGUACAUGCACAAUACCGGCAGGCGCAUCGCUCGUCGUGCCAAUGUAUCAUAUACACCGUGACCCAAGACAUUGGCCAAAACCAGACGCCUUCGACCCUGAACGAUUCAAUCCUGAGAAUAUGCAAACACGUAACCCAUACAGCUAUAUUCCAUUUAGCUUAGGACCUAUGGAUUGUCUAGGCAGGCACUUUGCGACAAAACUUGUGAAGAGCAUAGUAAUAAGAUUUAUGCUCAAUUAUAAACUUACAACGAUUCAUAAAUAUGAAGAUCUUCGAAUUAUGAUUGCAAUAUCAGCUACGACAAUGGAUGGUUUUCCUGCUACGUUAACGCGAAGAUGUACCUAAUUACCUAUACAUAUAAUAUAUAAAUUAAGUCAAUAUUACUUUGCAAAUUUUCGAAAUACAUUGUACUUAACUUAAUAAUUUUAAUCUACGACUAAUAAAUAUCCUAAGAAAAA